AUGUCAGACCUUCUGCAAGAGAUGGCCGAUGUGCCAAAGGACUUUUUCAAGGAUGGAACACAGUUCAUCAACAGAUGCACCAAGCCCGACCGGAGAGAAUUCAUCAAGAUCUCGCAAGCGGUGGGCAUGGGUUUCUUGAUCAUGGGAGCGAUCGGCUACUUCAUCAAGCUGAUACACAUCCCCGUCAACAACGUAUUAGUAGGAUGA